ACACGUCGAUCUUUUAGACUUCUUUCUCUUGUGUGGAUUAUGCCGGUGCUAAAUUAAGGGGUUGAUACUGGAAUCGACAUCAGUUUUGUGGGAUAUAAACCCAUCGAACCCCACUGAGGCGAUUCGGUGAGAACAAUGACAAGGCAAGUGCUACUGUUCGUGUCUCUCCUCUCCGUCGGCUCGGUGUUCGGGCAGGUCAGCUACACUAUUCCUGAGGAAAUGGCCAAAGGAUCUCUAGUCGGCAAUAUAGCACACGAUUUAGGUUUACAAACCAAACGUCUACAAUCUGGUAAAGCUCGAAUUUAUACCCGAGACAGCGACGAGUACAUCGAGUUGAACAGGGAAAGGGGAGUCCUCCUCGUCAAAGAGAGAAUCGACAGAGAGGCGCUCUGCAGACAGACGACGCCGUGCGCUUUACAUUUUCAGGUUAUUUUAGAAAAUCCUAUGGAAUUUUACAGUGUUACAGUCCAGAUCACAGACAUCAAUGAUAAUGCUCCGACCUUUAAAAGAAGUGAAAUGAAAUUCAAAAUUAGCGAGUCAGCGAUCACCGGGGCAAAAUUUGUGCUGGAAAGGGCUGUGGACCUUGAUGUUGGAAUCAAUGGUGUUCAUGACUAUGAUUUAAAACCAUCAGGUAACUUUGCUCUGAAACUCCACAAUAACGCUGAUGGAAAUAAAAAUGUAGAGAUGGUGCUACAGAAGCCUUUAGACAGAGAGAAAGAAGAGCAGAUAUCUCUAGUGUUAACGGCUGUAGAUGGAGGAGAGCCGCAGAUGUCAGGAACAAUGCUGAUUGUUAUUACAGUUUUAGACAUCAAUGAUAAUGCUCCCGUUUUCACACAGUCCACAUACAAGGCUACAGUUACUGAGAAUUCACCUAAAGGAACAGUUGUGGCUACUGUUACAGCCUCAGAUGCAGAUCAAGGCUCUAACGGAAAAAUAACAUAUUCAAUCACAAAUUCGAUAGAUGAUGAAAGGAAAGUGUUUGAAGUUAAUGAAGAAAAUGGUGAAGUUACUUUGAUUAGAAAUAUUGACUUUGAGGAGUCAAGAAACGUUCAAAUAAAUGUACUUGCUAGUGAUGAAGGAGGACUGACAGACUCUUGUAAAUUAAUUGUCGAUGUGCAAGAUGUAAAUGACAAUAGACCUGAAAUUAACAUAAUGUCCAAGUCAAAUGUGAUAUCGGAGGAUGCCAAACUCAAUACGGUCGUUACAAUGAUAAAUAUUGAAGAUGAGGACACCGGAGAAAACGGAAAAGUCCAGUGUUUUAUCAGUGAAAAUGUACCUUUCUUUUUAAAGGCAUCAUCAAAUAAUUUCUAUAGUUUAGUGACAGACAGUGAGUUAGACAGAGAGAGAGCCUCUGAGUAUAAUAUCACGGUGACCUGCUCUGAUGAGGGAGUGCCCUCCCUCUCCAGCAGCGUCACUCUCACCUUACAGAUCUCUGAUGUGAAUGACAACGCGCCUGUCUUUGAGAGGAGCUCAUAUGAGGCCUACAUUGUAGAAAACAACACACCGGGCCUCUCUGUGUUCACAGUGAAAGCCAGAGACGCUGACUGGAACCAGAAUGCCCGCGUUUCUUACAUACUGGAGGACUCCUCUGUUAACGGAGUGCCAGUCUCCUCGUACGUGUCCGUUAGUGCUGAUAGUGGAGUCAUCCACGCAGUGCGCUCGUUUGACUACGAGCAGAUCAAAGAUUUCCACUUCCGCGUCAAAGCGCAGGACGGAGGUUCUCCUCCACUCAGUAGCAAUGUGACUGUGAAAAUACUGAUUCAGGACCAGAACGACAACCCCCCUCAGGUUCUGUACCCAGUCCAGACCGGGGGCUCUCUGGUGGCUGAAAUGGUGCCUCGUUCAGCAGAUGUGGGCUAUCUGGUGACUAAAGUGGUGGCUGUCGAUGUGGACUCUGGACAGAAUGCCUGGCUCUCCUAUAAACUGCAGAAAGCCACAGACAGGGCGCUGUUUGAAGUGGGCUUACAGAAUGGAGAAAUCAGAACAAUCCGCCAAGUCACCGAUAAAGAUGCUGUGAAACAGAGACUGACUGUUAUAGUGGAGGACAACGGGCAGCCCUCUCGUUCAGCUACGGUCGUUGUGAACGUGGCGGUGGCGGACAGCUUCCCUGAAGUGCUGUCGGAGUUCACUGACUUUCCGCACGACAAGGAGUACAAUGACAACCUGACUUUUUACUUGGUGUUGGCUCUGGCUGUGGUUUCCUUCCUCUUCAUCACGUGUUUAGUGGUUAUUAUAUCGGUGAGAAUCUACAGAUGGAGACAGUCUCGCAUCCUGUAUCAGUCCAGUCUCCCCGUGAUUCCGUAUUAUCCACCACGUUACUCAGACACUUUGGGGACAGGGACUCUCCAACACGUGUACAACUACGAGGUGUGCAGGACGACUGACUCCAGAAAGAGUGACUGUAAGUUCGGCAGAGCUGGUAGUCAGAACGUGUUGAUAAUGGACCCCAGUUCUACGGGGACGAUGCAGCGGCUACAGAGUGAAAAGAGCAUCCUGGAUGAACCAGACUCUCCUUUAGAGGUUAGUCCUUCAGUUACAAAGUAGUCAUGAUAUUAUUGUAUGGUUUAACCAAAA